AUGGUCGAACAAUUGUUGACAACUGGAGGCGGUUGGCAGGAUCAAGUCGGUUGUCUCUAUCCAGGGGUAAAAAAAGGUUACACAGCGGAAGAUGACUGCAGCAUCGAUGUUGAAGCUAUUUCCAUUAGCAAGGAUUUUGAGCUGGAAAUCAACAAACGCAUGGUGUUGAUUUACACAGGAAAGACAAGAUUGGCUAAAAAUCUGCUACAG